GUUGUUAUUAUUUCCGCUUGCUUUAAGAAUUCUUGCCAACUCAUAGGGCACUCAAUAUUGCUUAAGUUUAUCGACACGCCAAAUUGGUAUUAGACUUGGCCGACAUGAAAAACUCACGUAUUUCUUAUCGAUUAAGUUUCCCCCUCUAUAACCACUAAUAAAUACACAAAUAUAAUUAAAACACUUCGUCAUUCGCGUGGUUGUAGUUCGAGGAACAGCAACGUGGAAUAGCUGCCUCCGCCUACAGACCCAUUUGGCAAUUAGAAACUCGAAAAAGACAACGAUUCUUAUCUCCGCCGACAGAUAGCACUUCAAAUUGACAACAAAUGACACAGAUCUAUCAGAAAUCGGAGGUCGCGGAACGCAAUGGCAAGAACGGGCAGCCCGUUUGGCUCAUCUACAAGGGCAACGUCUAUGAUGUAACAACAUUUGUGAAGAAGCAUCCAGGUGGCGACGAUCUAAUACUCGAGGUAGCGGGCAAGGAUGCAACCAAGGCGUUCAACAAGGCGGGACACUCACCGGAUGCGGUGCAGCAGCUCCGAGAGUACAAAAUUGGCGAGGUGGCCAUCGAUGAGCAGCCCAAGCCGCUAACAGCGGUCCAAUCUGCAGACGUCCAACAGGAGAAGCAGCCGCAGCAGCCGCCAAAGCAGGCGGAAAAGUCCUCGAAUAGUUUCUGCUGUUGCUGAGCUCGAAACA